AUGGUGACCUGUGCUUCUCUCUCUAUAAAUCCCUCUCUCUCUCCUCCCUCUUUUUCCACAGCUACCCAAUCAUCUUUUUCCUCUGCCUUUUCUCAUUCUCCAUCCCCUGCUUUCCUCAGAUUCCCAAGCUACCAUUCGUCAAGAACAAAACCCAGUAGCCUUUACGGUCAAGGUGUUUGCUUUUGUUACUCUGAGAGGUCAAGGGGUUUGAGGGAAAGUAGAAAACUUGAGCUUAAAGCCAGCAAUAUGACUAUUACAGAGGUCGAGCAAGAAGAAGAGGAAGAGGGUCCUCCUCCUUAUGUUGAUUCUGAGAUAAACUCAAGACCUCGUCGCAUUGCUCUCUUUGUGGAGCCUUCUCCCUUUGCAUAUGUGUCAGGUUAUAAAAAUCGGUUCCAGAAUUUCAUUAGGUACUUGCGUGAAAUGGGGGAUGAGGUGAUGGUUGUGACAACACAUGAGGGAGUGCCUGACGAAUUUUAUGGAGCAAAAUUGAUUGGAUCCCGAAGCUUCCCUUGCCCCUGGUAUCAGAAGGUUCCCCUUUCCCUUGCACUUAGUCCUAGAAUUAUUUCAGAGGUUGCUCAGUUCAAGCCUGACAUUAUACAUGCAUCCUCACCUGGAAUUAUGGUUUUCGGUGCUCUCAUUAUCGCUAAGUUAUUAUCUGUCCCUAUAGUGAUGUCUUAUCACACUCAUGUGCCAGUAUAUAUCCCACGAUACACCUUCAGUUGGCUGGUGAAACCUAUGUGGUUGGUUAUAAAAUUUCUGCACAGAGCUGCUGAUCUCACGCUAGUUCCAUCAGCUGCAAUCAGUAAGGAUCUCCUAGAAGCUGGGGUGGCAGCAGCUAAUACAAUCCGUCUUUGGAAUAAGGGUGUUGAUUCUGAAAGCUUCCAUCCUCGCUUUCGUUCUCAUGAAAUGCGUUUAAGACUGACCAAUGGUGAACCUGAGAAACCUUUAAUUGUUCAUGUUGGAAGACUUGGAGUGGAGAAGAGUUUGGAUUUUCUGAAAAGUGUCAUGGAUAGGCUUCCAGAAGCACGUAUUGCUUUUAUUGGAGAUGGACCGUACAGGGAGGACCUAGAAAAAAUGUUCUCUGGCAUGCCCGCAGUAUUUACAGGUAUGUUAGGAGGUGAAGAGCUCUCUCAGGCAUAUGCCAGUGGGGACGUAUUCGUGAUGCCUUCAGAAUCAGAGACACUUGGGCUUGUUGUUUUGGAGGCUAUGUCUUCAGGUAUCCCCGUGGUAGGAGCUCGAGCUGGUGGAAUCCCAGAUAUAAUUCCAGCAGACCAGGAGGGGAAAACUGGCUUUCUCUAUGAUUAUGGGGAUGUUGAUGACUGCUUAAGAAAAUUGCAGCCCCUGUUGGAGAACAAGGAACUAAGGGGAACAAUUGGCAAAGCAGCACGUGAAGAAAUGGAAAAGUACGAUUGGAAGGCAGCCACGCGAGUAAUACGAAAUGAACAAUACAAUGCUGCCAUUUGGUUUUGGAGGAAGAAGCGAGCACAGUUUCUCGGACCUUUGCAAUGGUUCAUGAAGCGCAUUUUUCCACCAUCCCCGCCAGAAAUUAAAUGCAGGUGA